UUGCUUGCACAAACAGUGUAUAGGGUUCAAUGACAUUUGUCGCACAAUACAUGUUGUUACGUCUUGGAUAUUUGCUAUUAAAGGAAAUCUCCUUUGAAUCGAAAUGAAGACCACAACAAAGCAAACACAAAGAACAGAAGCACUGUGAACAUUUCAAAAAACCGAACAGAGAAUACAACAUGGAUACCCAAAGCAGCCAGCUUGCGCAGGAUCAGUGCGGACGCCCCGUGACUCAUACGUCGGAAUUUCUGGUGCAUUCAGACACAUACCCGGAGGACACACAAAUUAAAGGCAAUUUGGCCAAGCCACAAUUUCCCUCCAUUGAAAGCGUGCUCCAAGAAGGCAACCCAGGUGGUUUAGUCCGCCGCGGUGCUAUCAAAAGGCCUAGCAUGAGGAAGAGACACGAUAGCCAUGCUUCUAAAACGUCUUUUUCCACUUUGAACUCAGAUGAUGCUUCGGUAGACGGUCAGGAUGAAGAUAUACCUUCUGCACGCCGCCUUAGCUUUGGACAGAUUUCUGAUCAGCCGUCCUCUGACUUUACUGGCCUAGCAACUACGGGAGACUAUACACGUAGCCAGGUUCCGGAAGGUGCCCGCUCAUCGGUUCUUCGUAGGGUGGAGCUCUUCGAGACUUAUACGGUAGUUCUGAGGACGCCUCGUAGUAUGCUGGUGACUGUUGGUCGCUCUUCACGGUUUGUAGAGCACCUGAAUGAGUCAUCUGACGAGGUUUACGAGUAGAAAAGUAAGGAAUAGAGUAGUCCUUAGGAGAAGACGAGAGGGUUGAGAUGUCGAUCAAGGUGAACUGAUGAUUGGGAUGCAGUUAUGAUUGUAUGAGCGUCUGUCUUACCUUGAUUUCAACUCCAUUCUUCUUAGACCUAUUUCUAGCUUACGACCUCCCAUCCAUAGCAUAGUGUUUGCUUUCCACAUUC